UUUGGAAAUAGAAUGCUCGAAUAAAUUUAUGACAAUUAAAAUUAAAAAUUUCUGUUAUGUUGGCAUGUUUAAGUUGUUUUGAAUUAACCUGCUGACAGAAAUGUCCUCAGGAUAUCCGAAAUGAAAACACGCUAACAGUUUCUUCUCGUCUGCGACGCUUGCGAAAACUGCACAGUUUAAAUGAAUUCGAAAUCUGAAACAGAUAGUAAGAGUAAGACUCCGGAGAUUAAAAUGUUGCCGUUUAUACCAUCAGCGAAAGUGUCUAGCAUGUCCAUCGACGAUGUAGAAAAGGACUUUGUGACUCAUAUAUCUACUGGUUUGGACAAAUCUGAAGCCGAAAGACGUGCAAGAAUAUACGGGUUGAACGAAUUUGAUGUGGGAGCUGAAGUUCCAAUAUGGCGAAAAUAUUUUGAUCAGUUCAAAGAGCCUAUGAUAUUGCUGCUGCUUGCAUCUGGAAUUGUAAGCAUUAUAAUGGGACAAUACGAUGACGCCCUAAGCAUUACGGUGGCCGUUUUGAUAGUCGUCACUGUGGCAUUUGUCCAAGAAUAUCGCUCGGAUAAAUCUGUUGAAGAAAUCAAAAAACUUGUUCCCCCAACCUGUCAUUGCUUUAGGAAUGGUUCAUUGGUAAACUUUCUUGCCAAAGAAUUAGUAUGUGGGGAUGUUGUUGUCAUAGCUACUGGUGAUCGUGUACCAGCUGAUAUACGAUUGGUUGAGGCCGUAGACCUUGAAAUUGAUGAAUCAAGCUUCACUGGGGAAACUGAACCCCAGAGGAAAGAUACUUCAUCAAUACCAGAAGCCUUAGCGAACAGUAGCGUUACCGAGCAAAAAAAUGUAGCAUUUAUGGGCACUUUGGUUCGCUGUGGAAAUGGAAAGGGGAUUGUAACGGGAACUGGCGAACACACGCAGUUUGGUGAAGUUUUCAAACUCAUGAAAGCUGAAGAGCCGCCAAAAACUCCUCUUCAGAAAACAAUGGAUUCCUUGGGCAAACAGUUGUCGUUUUAUUCUUUAUGUAUUAUUGCAUUGAUCAUCCUUCUUGGCUGGCUACAAAAUCGAAAGAUUUUGGAGAUGUUUACAAUAGGAGUAAGUUUAGCUGUUGCCGCUAUCCCAGAAGGCCUUCCAAUCGUGGUUACCGUGACUCUGGCUUUAGGCGUGAUGAAAAUGUCUAAGAGAAACGCCAUUGUAAAGAAAUUGCCGAUAGUUGAAACUCUUGGAUGUGCGACUGUAAUUUGCUCCGAUAAAACUGGAACUUUGACGAAAAACGAGAUGACUGUCACGCAGAUAUGUACCGCAAAUGGAAAACUUGCGCAGGUAUCAGGUGUUGGAUAUAGUGUUGAAGGUGACGUAACGACAUCUGAAUCCUAUCUCUGUCAAGGACGUCUUGUAGAAAGAAAUGUUGUUGUUGAUCCGGGAAAGCAUGCCGAUAUCAGAAAAAUUGUCGAGGCAGGCUGUCUUUGUAAUAAUGCCACCUUAAAUGCGGGCGUUUUGAUGGGUCAGCCAACAGAAGGUGCUUUACUUGUUGCCGCUAUAAAGUUAUGUAUGAAUGAUAUAAGAGAUGAAUAUAUUCGUCUGGAAGAAAAGCCAUUCAGUUCUGAACACAAAUGGAUGGCGGUAAAAUGCAGUUGGAAACGACAACAAAACGCUGAGGGGCUAUAUUACGUGAAAGGCGCCCCGGAGAAAAUUCUUGGACUUUGCACCCAUUUCUUGAAUAAUGACGAGUUGGCCGUGUUGACAGCUGAAGAACUGGGGCGAAUUAAUAAGUGUAUUUCACAAAUGUCGUCGAUGGGAUUGAGAGUGAUUGGUUUUGCUAGUGGAACAAGUCUCGAACAGCUUAACUUUCUUGGAUUUAUGGGUAUCUUGGACCCGCCUCGUCCUGGUGUUGAGGAGUCGGUGCGCACGCUAUUGCGCAGUGGUGUCCAGGUGAAGAUGAUAACUGGCGACUCUAAGUUCACUGCUCUUACUAUUGCGGAAAUCGUCGGAAUUUACCGACUUGGUUAUCACGUGCUUUCGGGGGAAGAACUAGACGCCUUGCAGCCUCACGAACUGGAUAACGUCAUUAAAAGGACGUCCGUAUUUUAUCGUGUUAGUCCGAGAAAUAAACUAACAAUUGUCCAGGCGCUACAACGUGCAGGUCACGUGGUUGCGAUGACGGGUGACGGUGUAAACGAUGCAGUUGCUUUGAGACGUGCGGAUAUAGGGAUCGCGAUGGGUAAAAUAGGUACAGAUGUGAGUAAGGAAGCUGCGGAAAUGAUUUUGGUGGAUGACGAUUUCAACACUAUCAUGUCUGCCAUUGAAGAAGGAAAGGGGAUUUUUUAUAAUAUUAAGAAUUUUGUGCGUUUCCAGCUCAGCACGAGUAUAGCAGCGUUGACAUUGAUAUGUAUUUCGACCUUCCUCAAACUUCCAAAUCCUUUGAAUGCCAUGCAAAUUUUGUGGAUUAAUAUCAUUAUGGAUGGACCACCUGCCCAAAGUUUGGGAGUUGAACCUGUGGAUCGUGACGUCAUGACGAAGCCACCUCGUGAUGUAAAACAACCAAUCAUAACACGCUCUCUGAUGUUGAAUGUUGUCACUAGUGCAAUGAUUAUAGUGAUGGGAACAUUAUGGGUUUUCUGGCGUGAGAUGAUUGAUGACAAAAUAACAGCACGUGAUACAACAAUGACUUUCACGUGUUUUGUAUUUUUUGAUAUGUUUAAUGCUCUCAGUUGCAGAUCACAGGUAAAGUCAGUUUUAACGAUUGGCUCAAUGACAAACCGUAUGUUUCUCAUGGCUGUUGGUGGUUCUCUCAUUGGUCAAAUGUUGGUAAUUUAUUUCCCGCCAUUGCAAGCUGUUUUUCAGACAGAAGCAUUGCUGCUUUCUGAUCUUGCUCUUUUAGCUUGCAUUGCUUCCACUGUGUUGUUACUGGACGAAUUGAGAAAAUUUAUUGUUAGACUUUCAUCUAAGAAGAAACUUUUAGAUGAAAAAUUAUAUCCGGUUUAGUUCAUAUUUGAAAAAAUGCGUCUCAUGUUUUUUCAUUGGACAAGUUGCCAUGUCGAUGGUUCGAAGUCAGUGACAGUCAUCUUGAGAAUUUAGUAAUUUACGAUAAAUUUUUCCCUCAAAAACAUUCUAGUCUUUUUAGUCCAUGUUUAAUGUGUCUUGUGGUCUGCUUUGGAGCUUAUUAGUUCUAUCUAGCAUAAAUUCAAUUUUAUUCAAAGUCAAAAUGAGUUUGAAAGGUCCUUAAAUCUGUCUGAACUUUAGUACUUUCGGUUUAAACAUCAAUGUUGAAAUAAUUUCAUGUAACUUUGCUUACUGAAAAUACGGACCUGAAUUUUUAAAUGUAGAUCUCUUCAAUAUAUUUAAAGUGUUGGCAUAUUGUGCAUAACAAGCAACAAUUUAGAAAAGAAAACAAAAAUUGCUAACCGUUUUGUCAAGUCUUACAAAACAUAAUGCUCAAUAAAUGAAAACAAAGUCAA